UUACCCUUCUUCCUCUUCUUUAAUUGCAUGUUACUCAUUAUUAGAUCUCUGAGAGAGAGAGAGAGAGAGAGAGACUCAUAUAUAUAUAUAUAUAUAUAUAUAUGAUUUGUUGAUUGUGGAAGAGAGAGAUGGGUGGAUCAAUGAAGGGGCACAGUAGUAGUAGUAGUGGUGUGAAGAGAGGGAAGGCAUAUCAAGUUGGUGUGAUGUUGGUUCUGGGUUUUGGGGCUGCAAUCUUUGGAGUGAUGGUCCUCCACAAGCUCACAGAGAGACGCAUCUUCAACCUCCUCCUCAAACAAAAAGACCGUGACCUCAUUUCUCUCCAACUCCUCUUGCAGAAGGAAAGAGAUUAUAGCAAAGACGUAAAAAAACAAAGUGAAGACAUGAAAGCAAAGUAUUACUCCCUACAAACCAAGAAGAUGGAGCUUAACGGCAAGAUAUUGGAGAUGCAGUCCACAAUUUCUUCCUUAAAAGAUGAAGUAAGAACCAUGGAGUUGGCACUUGAGGAGAAGCAGAAGGAGUACAAACUGCAUCCUCGUGAAGAGAUGGCAUCACAUAACGAGAAUCAAGUAGUAGCUCUUACAGAAAUCUUGAAGCAGAAGGAAGCUGAAAUCGAUGAUCUUAAGCACCGUCUCGAAAAUCCUGUUAAUGUCUGGUCAGUGAGUACAGAUGACCCAUCAAGAAGUAUGGCGCAGCAGGAUAAAUCGGAAAUAAGUGGUAUUAAAGAUAAGACUGGGGGAUUACUUGAAUCAACCAGCUAUAGAGUUGGUGAGAAUACAAUGAGAAGUGCAGACGGAAACGGAGAUGAAGAGAAUUCAUCAAACAAUGAAGAUAGGAGAGAAAACAGAGUCGGAUUUGUUGAUAGGAGGGAAAAUUCUCAAGGUGAUGGAGGCCAAGGAAAGAAAAUGGGAGAUUCGGAGGAUGGUGAAGGUUUCGGCGUAGGAGAGGAAAAUAAAAUUGCAAAUGCAACCCACAUCAUUAAUCAUGGUGGUGAAGUUUCACAAACUAUAGAUGGAACUAGCGACGGGGAAGUAAUGGGUGCAAAGGAACAUGAAAUUGCUGAAAUUGGGCGGUUAGAAAAACUUAAUUUCCAAGAUGGUGAAGGUCGGAAAGUUGGGGUGAAUAUAGGUCUCAGUGUGAGAAGCAAACAUGGCUUUGCCAGCAAGUUAAUGGGGAAGAGAUGGAGAACCCUUUCUAAAAACAAGGGGUACAAAAAUGGCGAGAGUUCUGAGAAAAAUGAAGAUGUGAGCAUCGGAAGCAUACAAUCUACUAAAGAUGGAAUGGGAAGUAAAGCCUACAAGCGACUUAGAGAUUGGCAACUGGAGAAACUUGACAGACACCGAAACCAUAACAUGAGCUUGAAGGUGGGAGAUGAAUCAGGUCGGGAAAGUGGUAAGCUAGAUGCACAUCAUAAACAUCAACACAGCGAAAGCUUGGAAACGAGAAAUGAUGACCAGGUUGAAUUUGAGGAGAGAGCAAAGGGUAAAGAAAGUACAAAGGAAGUUUUAGAAGCAAUUGCUUCUAAUGAUGUUAAAUUGCUGAAGCCUCAAAACCCUGAAGAUGCUAAAAAUGUGAUCUUCAAAGUUAGAAAUCAACAAACUGAAGGAGAAGAAGUGGAUGUUGAAGAUGAAAAUUCUGAGAAGCCUCUUCAUAGCCCAGAUGAUGUGCCAAAGAACAGAACUGUCAAUGGAAAUGCUGGUGCUGCUGGAAAACAGAAAACAGGUGAAGCCAAAGCGGAAGUGAUCAAUCACAUCGAACAACAAACAGGGGUAGAUAGCGAUUCAGAAGAAGUAAAAGUUGCUGACAAGUACGAAGAACAAGAGGAGGAUGAUUCCGAGAUUACAGACACUAAAGAAGCAGAAACAGAUUUGUUAAGGGAAUCCAGAUCCGAGUCAGAAGAAGAUAGAGAAAGCUACAACGAGCAAACAGAUGAGCCCGAGUUUUAGCUAAUUUCUCUCAUGUUAACUUUAUUACUUUUAAAACAAAUUAUUAGACCAACCUAAUCCACAGCCUCCUUCCCACACGCACAGCACCACAAGGCACGAACACAUUCUCUUGCGUAUAAAGAUGUGUUAUCUACCAAUAGCCUAGGAUUUGCUAAGGGCUGUAACCAAGACGAACAAUGGAUUGAACAAGAUUCACUUUAAAAUUAAGGACCACAAAAUGUAACGUAAUUUUUUUUUUUUCCGGGAAAAGUAGAAUCAGGUACAUAUUAGUAAUAAGCAUUUGAAGAUAAACAACACGUUUAAAUAGUAUGGCAGAGCGAUAGCUGUAUCAAAAAAACCUCAUUAUA